AUGGUGAGAGGGUUGCUCAAUAAGCUCGUCUCUCGAUCUCUUUCUGUCGCGGGAAAAUGGCAGCAACAACAGCUGCGUCGUCUCAACGUCCAUGAGUAUCAGGGUGCUGAGCUGAUGAACAAAUACGGGAUCAAUGUGCCAAAGGGUAUUGCUGUUUCCUCUGUUGAAGAAGCAAAAAACGCAAUGCAAACUGUUUUUCCUGAUGCGAAAGAGCUGGUCGUUAAAAGCCAAAUUUUGGCUGGUGGAAGAGGUUUGGGAACAUUCAAAAGCGGCUUAAAGGGUGGAGUUCACAUUGUGAAGGUGGAUCAGGUUGAAGAGAUUGCUGGAAAGAUGCUUGGGCAGAUACUUGUCACCAAACAAACUGGUCCCCAGGGCAAAGUUGUCAGUAAGGUUUAUCUGUGUGAGAAGUUGUCACUUAUCAAUGAAAUGUACUUCGCUAUCACUCUGGAUCGUAAAACUGCCGGUCCACUUAUAAUUGCCUGUAGAAAGGGUGGAACUAGCAUCGAAGAUCUUGCUGAGAACUUCCCAGAUAUGAUUAUAAAGGUACCUAUUGAUGUUUUCAAAGGAAUAACGGAUGAAGAUGCUGCAAAGGUUGUGGAUGGUUUGGCUCCCAAGGUUGCUGAUAGACAGGAUUCGAUUGAACAAGUGAAAAAAUUGUAUAAACUCUUCUGCGAAUGUGACUGCACAUUGCUGGAAGUAAAUCCCAUUGCGGAGACUUCAGAAAAUCAGUUGGUGGCUGCCGAUGCUAAGCUAAACUUUGAUGAUAAUGCUGCAUUUCGUCAGAAAGCAAUAUUUUCUCUUCGUGAUCCAACUCAAGAGGAUCCUCGAGAGGUUGAUGCUGCCAAAGCAGAUCUAAAUUACAUUGGUUUAGAUGGAGAAAUUGGUUGCAUGGUCAAUGGUGCAGGAUUAGCAAUGGCUACGAUGGAUAUAAUUAAGCUGCAUGGGGGAACUCCUGCCAAUUUCCUUGAUGUAGGUGGAAAUGCUUCUGAAGGCCAGGUAGUUGAGGCAUUUAAGAUAUUGACUUCUGACGAGAAAGUUAAAGCAAUUUUGGUGAACAUUUUUGGUGGAAUAAUGAAAUGUGAUGUCAUAGCUAGUGGAAUUGUCAACGCUGCCAAACAGGUUGCCCUCAAAGUGCCCGUGGUUGUUCGGCUUGAAGGUACAAAUGUUGACCAAGGAAAAAGAAUUCUGAAGGAAAGUGGCAUGACAUUGAUAACGGCAGAAGAUCUGGAUGAUGCUGCAGAGAAAGCAGUUAAAGCAGCAUAUUGAGUCAUUUUCAAUUAUUUUUCAUGGAUGGCUUGUUUCCUUGUGAUUGUUGUUCUUUGUUGGAUCAAUGCGGUUUUGAUUGACCCUUUCCUGAAAAUUCGAGGAAACAUUGUUUGCCACAACACGAAAGCACACACAUCUGUCAUUCGAUGAAAAGAAGUCGAAAUUUUAAUAACGAGUAGCUUUUUUGCUGAGAUUAUGGGUGGCUGUUGUCCAUGCCCCUUUGAGUUUCAAACUUUUCUCGUCCUUUAUUAAUACGAGCCAUAGUGAUUGAAUUUGUAAUCUCCCAGACUUUCUAAUGCUAUUUCAAAUCCUGUCUUA